CCGCCGUCUUUGACGCCUAUUCAGGUCAAGAAACUAAUUGAAAAACGAAACGAGCGUUUUGCCCUGGCAGUCAAUGAGCUCCUUGAGGCGACCCCAAAAUCUGAAGAUCCGGCAACCCUCUUGCAAGCAGCAGCCCAUGAUCACAUACCCGUUCACCCAACCAUGAAGACUGCAGCGUUCAGUGACACUGACAAGAUGGAGAUACCAAGUGCUGAGGACCGUCCAUCGGUCGAAGAUAUCAUUGCCGAAAUAGAGAAGGCUGAGUGGUAUAGAAAGCAGAUUGUUGAGCGGAGAAUAUUUGAGGCAAGGGAGGGGAAUAUUGGUGAGAUGCUAGAUCCACCCCUCUCAGAAACUGUUCAGCGAGCAUUCAGGGAUUCUCGGAAGAUAACUUCCCUAUAUACACAUCAAGUUGCGGCUCUUCAAGCUUUACAGGAGAAUAAAGAUGUCAUUGUUUCAACAAGUACCGCCUCCGGUAAAUCUGUUAUCUAUCAGGCUCCGGUAUUGGGAUUCCUCGAAGAAGACCAUGCGGCGACGGCAAUGUAUGUAUACCCAACGAAGGCUCUCGCGCAGGAUCAGAAAGCUGCCCUUGAACAGCUUUUAUGCGCGUGUCCUGGACUCGAGCAUAUCAAGGUUGCUACAUACGACGGGGAUACGCCUCAAGAAAUGCGGCGAGAGAUUCGCGACACAGUAUCCGUCAUUUUCACUAAUUUCGAAAUGAUACACAUGUCUAUCUUACCCCACGAAGAUUUAUGGCGAAGAUUCUUAAAGAACUUGAAGCUCAUUGCUGUUGACGAACUGCAUUAUUAUACAGACUCAUUCGGAAGCCACGUAGCCCUGGUCCUGAGACGUCUACGAAGAAUUUGUGCGGCAGUAGGCAACCAGCGUAUCCGCUUUGUGUCGUGCAGUGCGACCAUUGCUCAACCUGGAGAACACAUGAAGAUGAUGUUUGGACUUAAAGUACUUGACUUUGCAAUCUCAGCGAUUGAUGCAUUCCCUAAAUGUUCCCACCAGAGCGUUGAGGCCAUAACGGAGGAUGGCGCCCCGUCUGGCCGAAAAGACUUCUUGAUAUGGGAUGCACCAUUCAUCGACCCUCUGGCCCCUGGCAUGGGAUCCCACAGUCCAAUGAGCGAGGCCACCGGGUUAAUGAGGUAUCUUAUGAAGAGGGGUAUCCGGGUUAUCCUCUUUUGCAAGGUCCGGAAGAUGUGUGAAUUGGCUAUGAAAGCAAUUCGAGCUCAACUCAGCGAGGAGGGCCGAUAUGACAUACUCAACAAAGUUAUGUCUUACAGAGGAGGUUAUGCUCAAGAAGACCGUCGCAAAAUUGAACACGAAGCAUUUUCUGGUAAUUUAUUAGGAAUUAUUGCUACCAAUGCUCUCGAAUUGGGCGUAGAUAUCGGUGUCUUGGAUGCUGUAAUCAUGCUUGGCUUUCCAGGCGGCCUCGCCAGCUUUCGACAACAAAUCGGACGAGCAGGUCGAAGAGCCCGUGAUGCACUAGGUGUCCUCGUCGCGGAUAGCCUCCCUAUAGACCGACAUUAUGUGAACAAUCCCGGAGAUCUUUUUGACAAGCCGACAAACGACAUCACCAUUGAUCUAAACAAUAAAUUUGUAUUAGAAUCUCACCUUCAAUGUGCAGCUCACGAGAUGCCGAUGUCCCUGGACGACGAAAAAUGGUUCGGUUUGCUAACAAAAGAACUCUGCGAAACCAAGUUAGUCAAGGACGAGGAAGGGUGGUUUCAUACACACCCGAAAUACUUACCGUUUCCAGCCAAAGACAUCUCUCUGCGAGGUGCCGCUGAAGACAAGUAUGAUGUCGUGGAUGUCACCAAGUUACACAGUGAUGGGUUUGUGCGCAUCAUUGAGGAAAUCGAGAUAUCAAGAGCUCUAUUCGAGCUGUACGCAGGCGCUAUAUUCAUUCACCAGGGAUUGACGUUUUUGGUGAAAGAAAUCAGCCACGACCUCAAACGCGCCAGUGUCAUACGAACAGAUGUUAGCUGGACAACUUCCCCGAGAGAUAUAGACGCGAUUCAAACACACCGCAUUAGGGAGAUUCGAAAGUCACCUCGUAAAGCGUUCUACGGCAGUACGUUUCAUAUUAUUCAGGUUCAGCGGACACGAGUCUUCAAUGUAGCUGAACGCUCGCAGGAGGCUAAAGUCAUCCUCGACACCGUCGAUGUCGAUAUGCCACCCUACGAGCGCUCUACGACUGGCAUGUGGAUUGAUGUGUCGAGGGAAACGCUCAAGCUGAUGAAGGACAAGGGCUUCAAUAUAGCGGAAGCAAUCCAUUCUGCACAGCAUGCCUUUCUGAACCGUUUUCCUAUGGCUGCUGACUUGCGGACGGAAUGUAAAGCAGCGGAGAAAGAAUACAAGGCUGCCGGAACACAGAGGAAACGACCAGCGCGUGUCAUAUUUUAUGAUGUACCAGGGAAGGGAGGCGGCGUUGCAGCCAAAGCUUUUGAUCAUGUCUCUGACAUUUUGCGCCAUGCCUGCGAAACCGUGGAAACGUGUGAAUGCGAGACAGACGAAGGUUGUGCAAAUUGUAUCGCCAGUGCAUAUUGCCAGGAGAAGAACAUCGUCGCUUCUAAGCUAGGCGCAUUGAUUCUCCUGAAGGAUAUCCUGAACAUUCCCAUCCAGGCGGAUGUCAUACCUUUACAAUUCAAGGACACUGAUGAAGAACAUCAGACCAUAGUACCAGCAUGGGACGUGCGAAGCCAACAAGGCGUCGAAAUCGAGAGGGACACUCUCUGA